AUGAGCAAGAUGGCAGCCUCCGAGACGGUUAGGCUACGGCUUCAAUUUGACUACCCGCCGCCGGCCACUCCACACUGCACGGUCUUCUGGCUUCUGGUGGACCUGAACAGCUGCCGAGUCGUCACGGAUCUCAUCAGUCUCAUCCGCCAGCGCUUCGGCUUCAGUUCCGGGGCGCUCCUGGGCCUCUAUCUGGAAGGGGGGCUGCUGCCCCCUGCCGAGAGCGCGCGCCUGGUGAGGGACAACGACAGCCUCAGGGUCAAGUUAGAAGACCAAGGACUCCCUGAGAAUCUGAUAGUAAGCAAUGGUGACGACUCUAGCUUCCCAUGCCGGAGAGCGAAGAAGCGGGCUUUUAAGUUGAUGGAGGAUGAGGGAACAGACCGGGGAUACAAGUGUUCGAAGAAACACUGCAAGAGGCAGGAGGACAGCGGCCAUAAUGAGAAGGCAACCAAACUCUUCCCGGAUGAGAUGGGGCGGACAAAGAGCAAGAAAAAAAGCAAAGUGACGGGCAGCCCAGCCGAGGAGGACGAGGAAGAAACCAAACAGAAGUCUUCAAAAAGGAAGGAGAAAUGUGAGCAGAAGAAGCAGGCCAGGGCCUCCAAGUCUCCCAAACAACAGACACCUAAGGAGGGGGCCUCCACCAGAAGGAGCCUUGCUAAAGCCCGGAGGAGGAGCAGCAUGGGGCCAAAAGGUAGCUCGAGCCACCUGUCAGAGUCCGAGUCCUGCCCAGAGUCAGUCAGCGAUGGCCACUGCAGUGUCCUGAUGCAGGAGGUCACCUUUUCAGAGAAACUGUCAGCCGAACUGUUGAAAGAUGCACCCGCUACCAAGACUGCGGCUGCCAACAGACAGGCCUCCAAGCCUGACUUUACCUUCAGCUCGGGCAAGGGCAAGGCCUCCAGAACCUCGUCAUCCAGUUCAGACUCCAGUUCAGAGUCGGAAGACCAGUUCCUGGUAUCCAAGAACGUGCUCGAGGGUGCAUCUGGCUUCUUAAAGCCAACUGGCCUCUUUGUAGGGCAAGGGUGUUCCGGUCCAGAGCUGUCAUUGGAGACUCCGGGUAUCAUGGGAUGGAAGCCUUCUGACUCAAACAGAGGCAGACAAGCUCCUGGUCCUCCCAGUGUGUCAGUCCCCACCAGUUUGGGAAGAGGAUGGGGGCGAGGAGAGGACUUCUUGUUUGGGAAGGGACUGAGGGGCCGGGGUGUUCGGGGCCGAGGCCGAGGCCGAGGGCAAGCUGUCUCCUGUGUCUUUAAUAGAAGCUCUGAGAGUCAGAAGCAGAGACAGUUAAACGAUAUCCUAACCAACUCAUCUAUGGUGAUCCAGAAUCCAGUAGAGCCCCCCAAGAAGGACUAUAGUCUAUUACCACUGUUGGCAGCUGCCCCUCAAGUCGGAGAAAAGAUUGCAUUUAAGCUUUUGGAACUCACAUCCGACUACUCUCCUGAUGUCUCUGACUACAAGCUUGGCUGCACUCGCUCAACUCAGAUCCCGGGCACUCAAGGGCAGAAGAGCCCGGAGAAACGCAAGCUUAAGGGCAGCAUGAGCUGUCAAGAGGGCUCCCAGUUUGAGUCAGCUAGGGCUCAAACCAACCCAAAAAGCCUGCCAAGUGAAAAAGGACGCUUCUCAGAGCUGUUGCAAGAACAUUUUAACCACGGAGAAGUGACUUACUGUCUGUCCUCUCUGGUUUCAGCUUUGAAAGAACCUGGCAAGUUUGAUUUGGUCUAUCACAAUGAGAACGGAACCGAGGUGGUGGAAUACGCCGUGACUCAGGAGAAGAGGAUCACUGUGCUUUGGAAAGAGUUGAUUGAUCCAAGACUGAUUAUUGACUCUUCAGGUAGCAUCGCAAGUAAAUAACGUGUCUGGAUCUAACCUCUGACCUCGCCACCUCGAAUUCUAUACUCGCAUUUUUUGUGACCAUGGUUAUAGCCUGAAGAUUUGAAAAAGAAGACUAAAUGUUGUGUAGACUUUCUGUUUAUCUUCACUUUACCAUAUUAGGAAAAAAAAAUCUACCUCAUCAUUUAGAGUAACAGAGUUGUUAGUUUAUAGAUCCUUAUUUCCUUCAGGCUAAAUUCAGUAACCCACUUGAAAAGCUGGGUGCCGACCAAAAUGGUGGUGUGCUAGGCUCCUUCACACCUGUUGGGCUACCAGUAGCAAUCGUCCAUAGGAGUUUACGGGACCACACACAAGAAUGUGCUGUGCAUCUUGCUUUGUUUCUUUUAAGUCACACUGUAAAGUACUAAGGCAUGUUUCUUGACUUAAUUUUUAACAUGUGAGCUGUUCUGUGAGGCAUGGAGCAUCUCGCCCAUUCCACAGUUUCUACCUGCUCUCCUCAGGAGUUAGUGGAGUUGGAUGUGUCAGAGGUGAUGAGUUAAAGAGUCCUUUCACAUUUCCCAGCUGUGAAACACAGGACUCCUAGGAGCCCGUGCAGGCGGCAGCGGGGCGACACCCUUGUUGUAUUGUGUGGAGGAGCGCUGGCCUCCCACUGCCAGAAGACUGGCCAUGAGCCUCAGACCAGGCUGGNCCAAGUGACCUUGCUGCACAAUGCCAGGAUCUUGGGCUUCUCAUAACUGAAGUGAGGAUCUUAAACAGAAAUUUCCUUUUCUGUUUUUAUUCAGCAUGAAGCUAAAGGCUGAAUAUAAACUGCAAAAUUGCUUUCUUUUAACGAAAAAUCAGAUUCCUCCUUCAACCUUGCAAAUUUUUAAAUAAAAUCAUAUCAAACUCAAUGUCCACUCUGAGUUUUGUUUUAGUUCUGCCCAUAGUUAUCUUGGCUCAUAAUCAUUUUCAUAACAAGGAGGCUUGCUUUGCACCUGGGAGGCUAACACAGGAGGUUUAUGAGUUCAGGGAAAGCCGGCUACAUAGUGAGACAGUGUCAGAGUGUGUGCUUGCUGCUUUGUAGCCGUGUUACUCCGGGGGGCCAG